AUGUAUAGAGCUUGCUGUUCGUCAAUUGUCAAGUACAACGUAUCUAGCCUGACGCGCAAGGCAGCGCCCGUGACGGGCCUGCCCGCGCGUCCAUACUCGAGCGAGGGCAGCGGUCGCAAGUCCAAGUUCCUCGAGUUUGAGGACGAGGGCGACUUGGUGAUCGACACGCGCAAACAGGAGAAGAAGGAGGAGAAGAUCGUCGAGGAGCAGAUCGACAUUGACCACAUGAUCGCCAACACCACGCUCAAGGAGCUGAAGCUCAUGCGCUGGGAGGACAACUACGAAGGCUACGAGCUGGCCAAGCGCGAGAACGUCGACAUGCACGACGUCUUUGUGCCCGAGGAGACCACCGAAGAGGUCUUGGCACGCAUUGCCGCCAAGCAGCAGGCCGAGCUCAAGGGUUCAAAGUUCAGCAGCGUCAAGCUAUCUUACAACCAAGUCUCAGACAUCAAGACACAGUACAUCGCAAGACUAUUGAACGACUUUAAGACACAGUUCGAAGCACCUCUUGUACAACUGUUCAAGGACACGAUUAAUGAAGCCAAUACUAUUCACAGAUCGGCCAACUCAAAGAUUAGACGUGAGUUGAAGCAGAAGUUGAAGGGAUCGGCAAAGCGCAAGUUGAGUGGACUCGAGAGUCACUUCCAAGAUCUGCUCUUUGUCAGGAACGCCAUUAAUGGUGCGCUCGACAAGAGUGCUGCCAACCCUGACAUGGUCAACGAGGCCUGGAACCGUCUGUUGACGCGUUCCGCCAUCACCGACCCCCUCAACCUGUCGCGUGACCUCAUCCAGGACGACUACAACGACUUUGGCAAGGACGCCGAGCUGGCCGAGCAGUACAUCACGCAGCUCACCAUGAUCCCCUUUGACUUUAGAAACCCCAAGUCCUACAACUCUGUGAUCGCGCUGAUCGACGAGGCGAUCGACUCCAUCGGCGAGGAUGGCAUGUCGCCACUCAACUCGGCCAUGAGCCCAGAGCAGCAGAAGUUUGCCGACUCGCUCGACAAUCUGAGAACUAUGGUGCUGGAGCUCGAGCCCGCCACACUGGCCAACUACAUCAACGAGACCAUCAUCGCCACACGCCAGAUCGUCGACAUGCCCAGCAGCGUGCGCGCCACCCGCAUCAAGGUCGCCGGACUCCGCAGCAAGGCCAUCGAGACUGCCAUCGACAAGUUCGACCUGGGCAGCGAUGUGAUGAACGACAAGAUCAGCGCCAUCGCCAAGAAGAAGCCAGAGGAGAUGAGCAAGGCAGACUUUGCAGAGCUGGAUCGCGCCGAGGACGAGAUCACCAAGCGCAUGGAAGACGAUAGCUUGAACAACAUUGAGGACCCCUACGCCAACAUCCAGGCACAGCUGACGACCAGCGAGCGCAUCGAUUGGGAGCUGUCGCUCAAGUACAAGCGCAUCAUCCACGACAUGGAGCGCAAGUUCCAGGUGGACCAGGACAUGCCUGUGGCCAAGACCAUCACACAGGCCAAGAAUGCCACAGACUUUUUGGCUAUGGCCGCCAAGCAGCUCACUGGCAUCGAGUACAACGAGCAGAAGUUCCUCGACAUUGCCUUCCCAGAGGAGGAGCUCGACGAGAACGAGGAGGAGAAGGAUGACGACGAUGAGGACGACGUGAUGCCCGAGCUCGACGACGAUUUUGACGAUGAGGGCGAAGACAUCAACCAGGAGGAUAUGGUCAACCUAGAGGCCGAGAUGAUUGAGCGCGAAGAGGAUGGUCUGGCUUUCAAGAACAUCGCCGCGCCAGAGUUUGGCGAGAGUGUGCCAGGCGCUGGCGGCCGCGACAAGUCGGGCAAGUCACUGAGGAACCAGCACGAGGAGGAGGGACAGCAAGAGGAUGACGACAGCGAGGUCUACCUCUCACCCGAGGAGCGUGCUAUGUUGUCCAUCUCCACAAAGACAUUGGAGAAGCUGAAGAGAAGAGAGUCCUUCCCCGACGAGGACAUACCUGAGGACCCAGCCGAGCCUGAGCCCAUCACCAACGAGCAGGCCGAUGCGAUUAUGAAGGAGAUGAUCGCCAAUGACAAAGACGGCGCCUUCAAGAACAUGAAGUCUGGCAUUUCAGGACUCGAGCAGCUGAAUGCCGAGCUCGCCACCAAGCUCAGCGAGAAGGAAUCUGGCAAGUAG